AUGUCCCAAACUACCCUCACCAACCAACAAACAUCACCCCUUCUUCGUCUCCCUGCCGAACUGCGGAACAUAGUCUACACCUACGUUGGUCUCGCGACUAUUAUCCGGCCCUACAGAUUGGAAACUACAAACACCGCCAACACCGCCCCCAUCAAGUACGCCCUCGAACUCCCAGGCCUCCUCUCAGCCUCGGCGCAAAUCCGACAAGAAGCCACCCCCCUCAUAUACGCGCACGCCCUCUUCGAUUUCAACGUGUUUAACUUGUUCUCGUGGCCACCAAUUAGCACCUGCCACCACGAGAUCAGCGGAUUUAUCACCUCGAUUAGCCCCCUAGGCUUUAGAGACAGGGCCUACUGCGUUAUGUCUUAUAACAUUAUACUAUGUUAUAACUAA